AUGGCGUCGUCCUUUCGCCAGGCUGCCCGACUGCUCAGUCAGUCCAAGGCACGCCCUCAACUUCACACUACCUCGUUUUCUUUUGUUGCAAAAACACCUAGGGUAUCCCAACGUGGUAUCACCAAAUCCGCAUUCAGCCCUACAUCAGCUGGGGCUACUGCUACAACUGCUACAUAUAUCCCCUGGGCUGCUGCAGGCCUUGUUGCCACGUCCCUGGGAGCAUACUGGUACAAGAUGACUGCAGAGGAGCCCAUACGAAUGGACCCUGCCUCGCUCGCAGAGCGUGAUGCUCAGACGAUGCGCGAAUCCGGGGUGACGGAGCAGUCCCCGAUGCGGCUCCGGAUGGAGGAGUUCAUCAAGGAGCAGCAACGUCUGAUUGUCCAGGCCCUCGAGGAGGUCGACGGCAAAAAGUUCCGCAUCGACGAGUGGCAACGCAAGGAGGGUGGCGGCGGCAUCACGUGCGUUCUUCAAGACGGCAACGUCUUUGAGAAGGCCGGCGUCGGCGUCUCGGUCGUGUACGGUUCGCUCCCCAAGGCUGCCAUUGAAAAGAUGCGUGUCAACCACCGCAACAUCGCUGGUGGAUCCGACACCAUCCCGGAGAAACUCGACUUCUUUGCUGCCGGUCUGAGUCUCGUCGUGCACCCGAGCAACCCCAUGGCCCCGACGGUGCACUGCAACUACCGUUACUUUGAGACGGCCUUCCCCGACGGGACCUCUGGGGCAUGGUGGUUCGGCGGCGGCGCGGACCUGACGCCGUCGUACCUUUUCGACGAGGACGCCAUCCACUUCCACCGCACGCUGAAGGACGUGUGCGACAAGCACGACAAGGAAUACUUUCCCCGGUUCAAGAAGUGGUGCGACGAGUACUUUUUCAACAAGCACCGGGGCGAGUCGCGUGGCAUCGGCGGCAUCUUCUUUGACGACCUGGACGAGUCCGUGUCGGACAGGGACAACACGUUUGCCUUCGUCCAGGACGGCCUCCGAGCCUUCCUGCCCAGCUACGUGCCCAUAAUCAACCGGCGCAAGGACAUGCCCUUCACGCCCGAGGAAAAGGAGUGGCAGCAGUUGAGGCGUGGCAAGUACGUCGAAUUCAACCUGGUCCACGAUCGCGGCACCGCCUUUGGACUCAACAGCCCCGGCGCCAGGGUCGAGAGUAUCCUCAUGAGUCUGCCGAGGACUGCGAGCUGGCAGUACAUGCACGAACCGGCUCCCAAGAGCCGCGAGGCUAGGUUGACGGAGAUUUUGAGGACUCCUAAGGAGUGGGUGUAG